AUGCCGUCUGCCGUGUCCGAACUGUACCAAUACUCCCACGUCCCCGAGACGCAGGAAAACCUCGAUUGGGCUGAUCUUCCCACAAUCGACCUGGCCAAGUAUGGUACACCCGAGGGCAACGCGCAGCUCGCCCAAACUCUGAUUGAGGCGAUUCGCACCAAGGGAUUCUUCUACGUUAUCAACUAUGGUAUCUCACAACAAGCCGUCGACACACAAUUCGCACUUGGCCAAAAGUUUUACGAGCUUCCUCUGGAAGAGAAGCUUAAGUACGAGCCCGAUCUGGAACAUGGCGAUUACAACGGAUACCGCCCUGCCGGCAACCGGUUCUUGAGCGGCGGCAUCAAGGACAAGACUGAGGUCUGGAACAUGGCCACCAAGGACGGAAACAUCACCCAGCCCCUGCCAAAGUUGCUGGAAGACCGCAAGGAGGAAAUCGAGGGUUUUGCCAAGGAUCUACACGACAAGGUCCUGGAUCCCCUGAACCACCUCAUCGCACUUGCACUGGAGCUUCCCGAGGAUUUCUUCACCAGCGUACACAAGUGGGAGACGCAUGACGAGUCUCACCUGCGUUACAUGAAGUACUCGAAGUUCACGCCCGAGGAGAUUGAGAAGCUCGACGACGGCCUCUGGUCCCGCGGCCACACCGAUCUCGGCACCAUCACUCUCCUCUUCCGCCAGCCCGUUGCCGCGCUGCAAAUCAGAGACCAUGCGACUGGCGAAUGGAAGUGGGCCAAGCCCCUCGACGGCAGUCUCACCGUCAACACCUGCGAUGCUCUGAGCUUCCUGACCGGUGGAUACGUCAAGUCUACCGUGCACAGAGUUUCGGUUCCUCCCAAAGACCAGCGCCACGUCGACCGUCUGGGUCUUCUUUACUUCGCUCGCCCCCAGAAUGACUUGGUGCUGAAGACCAUUGACUCCCCGGUGCUCAAGCGUGAAGGAUACACUCAAAACGAGUUCGAGGCUGGUGGUCACAAGGUCCCAACGAUGGGCGAGUUCACGACGCUGAAGCAGACUUGGCAACAGAAGAAGGGCGUCAGCUACCAGUCUUCGGAAGGACAAGAAAUCCUUCCGGGCUUCAAGGGGCAAUACUUCAAGUAG